AUGGAUUCUACUAUGCAAAAACAAUUUACAGCUGAAUAUAAUACAUUAUGCUCUUCACUACCAUCACACCAUGUUACUCCAUCAGUUCAUCAUCAAUAUCAACAACCACAUGCGUAUCAAUCUGAACCACAGCCAUUAUCAGAAGACGAAUGGGAUUUAAUACAGUCGUUUCGGAUGAUGAAAACCUUGAAUAGCUUAUCGUCAUUUCAGUCGUCGUCUUUUCCAUCAAAUCAAUAUACAACUGACACUUCUUUAUAUCAAACAAUUUCUUCAUUUUCUCAAACUGGUCACCAGAAACAAGCAUUGGUGCAUUUUACAACAGAAUCAACAACUACAACACCUUCAUGUCAGCUUCCAACGUCAGAAGAAACAUCUCGACAAUCUUCAUUUCAUAAAGAGAUACAACUUUCUAAUUGUGAAUCAACAUCAACGUUCAAAACAGUUAUAAGAUCACCAUUACCAUCACCAUCAUCAUCUACGGCUAGUGGUCGAUCAACACCAUCUCCUACAACAAUUAAUCUAUCGUCACCACAAUCACCAAUUCGAAAAGAUUAUGGACAAACAAUAUCAACCUCUCAAACAGAAUCUGGUCACCAGAAUUAUUCAUAUAUACAUCAUUCACAAUCACAAUCUGAUCAUCAGAAUCAUUCAUUUAUACAACAUUCACAAUCUGGUCACCAGAAUCAUUCACCUAUACAACAUUCACGAUCACAUUCACCUCUUGUAUCAAGUCCAGUGGGAAUAGUUUCACCGGUACAACAACAACAAACAUCUACAAACCAACGUUCAUCAUCGCCCUCCCAACAACGGCAAUCAUGUAACCUUCAAAUAUCAUCAACACACGAAUAUAAAUCAUUGAGUACAACACCAACUGUCGAAUUACUUGAUUCGACAAAGCCCUAUCGAGCUGGCGAUACAAUCAAGGUCGGAGGACGUCUUUUAAAAACCGACGUCUUAUCUAUGAAGUAUUGGAUGAAUGAUGAUAUAACCAUUACCGAAACAACAAAUGGCGGGCAAAUACUCAACAUGGCUGGCUAUUCAUAUGUUGUUAAGAAUCACGGAAAGUAUUUCACGAAGUGGGAAUGUGAGAAUCGUCGAAAUCAUCAAUGUUCUUCAAUACAUAUUCGAACAUCUGAUCCAAGAAUUACAAAUUCAUUUAAGAUAUAUUCUAUCCAGGGAAGUCACAUACACGAACCAACACCUAAUAAUGUUAAAGUUCGUCAAUUCAAACAGCGUGUUCGGGACCGAUGUCGACACGAAUUAUGUAGUCCCAGAGCGAUAUACGACGACGAACUGAAAAAGGGAAAAUAUUCAACAGAAAUGUUAUCAGCUUUACCAACGUUUUACAACAUACAAUCUCAGUUGUACCGGAUACGACAAAAUCAUCUACCGAAAUCUCCAAUAACUUCAGAUUUUGUGUUGCACCAAGGAUUUACAUUAACAGAUCAAGGAGCACGUUUCUUAUUAUACGACUCCAAUACAGUUGAAGUUCCAUAUGCACCAGCUCCGGCUAGCGUAGGCCGACUCAUCAUUUACUCAAGUGAUCUUCAACUACAAAUUCUAUCAAGAUCAAAACGAGUCGCUAGCGAUGGUACAUUUCAAACAGCGGCAAACAUCAGUCAACAAAAUUACAUUAUUGUAGGAGAACACGAAGAAAAUCAUACUGUUCCAGUAGUAUUUUGUCUAUGUGAAAGCAAAUGCUAUCAAACUUAUCAAUUAAUUAUACAAGUGUUGAAGAUAAACAUGAACAACAUGAACUUAUUAUGGGAACCAACAUGUUGGAUGAGCGAUUACGAAAAUGCACUGGUGAAGGCAGUUAGAAAAGAAUUGCCACGUACACGGCUUAUUGGCUGUGCAUUUCAUUAUGCACAAUGUGUUCAUCGUAACAUCCAAAGCCACGGACUUCAAGAUGCUUACCAAAAUAAUGAGCUUGUACGACAAAUUCUAAGACAAACGAUGGCUCUGGCUUACAUGCCAAGUGAUCAAAUUCGAAAACUGUAUUAUGAUGUUAUUAAAGCACAACAUAAUACUGUUCUAAAAGAUUUCCGUAAAAAUUUACGAAAUUUUUCUAAGUAUUUCGAAUCAUUCUGGUUAAAAAAAAUACAUCAAUUUUGUGUAUUUGGUGAAUCAAUACGGACGAACAACGGACUUGAAGGUAUGCACUAA